CCCAUAGAAUAAUAUAAAUCUAUGCUUUUUUCCACUUUGUUUUGAACAUAACCUACCCGAAUACAUUUUUUACAUGUCAAGUUUUUUAUUUAUUUCUCAAUAUUUUAAAAGGGGCUUUACAGAUUGGGGAAUUCUGGUUUUAUUCAUAAGAAAUGUCUACUAGAAAACGUAGCACUUCCAUAUCUCGUCGUCAACUGAAGGAAAAAGUGGUUCAAAUUUAUGAAUCCUUGUUCAAAGGCGAGGAACAAUAUAAGGAGAAUACAUUUUUCUGGGAUGAACUCUUCCUUCUUAAGCCAAAGUUAUCAGUUAUAGAAACUGAAAUUCAAAAAUUAUCGCCUGAACAACUACAAGUAGCCAAACCUAAUAUUUCCUUGUUGAUCGAUAAAUGUAUAGAAACGCUUGAUGAUCAUCAGCAGAAUAUAAGGAUAGUUAAUGCUUUGUAUACGUUAUGUGGUUUAAUCCAAGCACUUUUUUUGAAGACUACAGAAAUAAAAUUGAAUCCUAUCUCCUUUUUGAUGAAUUCUGAAAAUGAAGAUGAAAAAAUACAAAAUUUACUCAGCCUGUGCCAAUCCAUUUUACAAGGGGACUUACCAGAGAAUAUGAAAGAUCUCUGUCUCAAAUUGAUUUUAUUAUUAACGACAUGUGUGGAUAAUAUAAAUGAAAAUCAAUUAAUUGAAUGUAUAAUGGGGUCAUCCCUAUUUGAACACUUGAUUCAACUUCUUUGUGAUGUGCCAACACGACAAAAACAUGGUUAUAAUGCAGUUUUACUGAUAACCAUAUUGGUAAAUUAUAGAAAAUAUGAUACCACUAAUCCAUAUAUUGUGAAAUUAUCCAUUUUGGACAAUGAGUUAGCACUAAAUGGAUAUGGCCAAGUGAUCACAGCCUCUUUGGCCGAGUUUGUUAACGGGUUCAACUGUGAACAAAAUGACAAUCAGAACAGCUCCUGGUUAUCCUCAAUAACGAAUAUUGUAGGAAAUAUGUUCAUCUCUGAAGAGGGUACUGUCAGAAUUCAGCAAAUGAGAGCUAACAAUGCAUUAGUCUUAGCACUGUAUGAAGCAGUUCAUCUAAAUAGAAAUUUUAUCACGACAUUAGCACAAACACAGACCGAUUCAAGUUCUCCACCUUCACCUUCUAACACUUUGAGUGCUUUACAAUCUAGGACCGAUUUGUCACUUUCAAACAUAACUUUUGAUAUUACUAGUCAGCCCUCUAACUUAUUGGUGACGUUCUUCACAUAUUGUUCAAUAGUUAUGCAAAAUACUAAGACAGAAUCGGGGAGUAACACUGUGAAGCUGUGUUUCAUAAUAUUAGGAUGUAUCACUGAGGAUCAGUAUGCUAAUUCUUUAAUGCAUGAUGUUAGUUUGGCAUUUAAAGUUCAUCUGUAUCGUUUACCCAUGAGACACAGGAAACUGUUUCCUGAAAGAACUACUAGUUCUCAGCCCCUAGUCUGUACAUUGUUAGAUUUGCUCAUAGAAUUCAUUUUGAGCCACAUGAUGAAAAAGUUUCCAAUGGAACUUUACAUGUUAUGUAUUAAUGUUAUCCAGAGGAUAUUGUGCUAUCAGAAAAGAUGUAAAAUCAGGAUAAAUUAUCACUGGAAGGAAUUGUGGACUGCUUUACUAUCUUUGUUGAGGUUUAUAGUCCAGAAUGAAAAUUAUCUAGCCAAAAAGAUGAAUAUUUUCAACUUAUGCUUAAUCAUAGUGAACAUAUUGAAUUUCUUUAUAACAUAUGGGGAUACAUUCUUACCCACUCCUAGCAGUUAUGAUGAGUUAUAUUACGAAAUCAUUAGAAUGCAUCAAGUAUUCGAUAAUGUAUAUUCAAUGGGGUUGCGAUAUUCAACUAGUGAUGGUGAUUUUAAGAGUGAUGCAUUGAAAUUGAAUAACAGUUUGAUCAAUGUAAGGGGAAUAAUCAAACAUUUCAACCCGAAAAUUGAAAAGUGGCUAUCAGCAAAUGGAUUAUCCACACCCACCGAACAACAAAUUCUGGAUAUUGUAAAGAAGAACUACGACAGUUUAACAUUGAAGCUUCAAGAUUCCCUUGAGCAAUAUGAAAGAUAUAGUGAGAAACCAAAACAUGAACAGUUUUUCAGUCAUAUGAUUAGAACUAUUGUUAAUGAUACCCGUUGUAAUAUAAACAUAAGUUAUGUAAAUGAACAAAGUCAAUAAAGUUAUAUAUACCUAUUA